AUGCCGUGCGAUCCCUUCGGCGGACUCUCGAUCAGCGGAGCGAACGCGUCGUCGCUCGCGUCCGCGCCGAAGCGCGCGCCCGGACCGAAGAUGCACGCGGGCGAGAGACUCUCCAUGUGCGGGCAGUUCACGAUCAACUCCCGCGGCGAGUGGAGAGAAAUCCCGAGAGAGCAGCAGGUUCCGACGCAGCGCGCGUUCGACGCGACCGCGCCGGACGAGCGAAGAGGGGGGAAGACGAGAGCGGCGGCGACGUCCCGGCUCCCGAAGGGGGCGGCGACGCACCCGAAGCGGUUCAGCGCGUGA